AUGGAAAUGUCAACAAUCCUGAGUUUCAGACAGUUUAUCAACGAGAGGUUACACACUGCUGCUGAAGACAUAUGUGGAUGUUUUGAAGCGACUGUCGCAAAGUACGAGGAUGAGAUCGGUCGUCAGCGCAGACUGCUGGAUGUAACUUUGAAACCUGUAGUAGAGCUGCAGAGAAUAGAGCUCCCACAGCGACAUGUCUGUAUCAAGGAAGAGUUUCCUGCUGACCUGCUGGAGAGGAACCCCAGUCCAGACCAAGAGGAGCCAGAACCUCCACAGAUUAAGGAGCAGCAGGAGGAGCACUGCAUCGAGCUCCCAGAGCAAUAUUUUCUGAUUGAGGAUGAGUUUCCACCUGACCAGCAGCUCUGGAACCUUGAGAGGAACCCCAGUCCGGAACAGGAGGAGCCAGAACCUCCACAGAUUAAGGAGCAGCAGGAGGAGCACUGCAUCGAGCUCCCAGAGCAAUAUUUUCUGAUUGAGGAUGAGUUUCCACCUGACCAGCAGCUCUGGAACCUUGGGAGGAACCCCAGUCUGGAACAAGAGGAGCCAGAACCUCCACAGAUCAAAGAUGAGGAGGAGCACUGCAUCGGUCUGGGAGUAGAGCCGCUUGUACUGAAGCAGGAGGAUCAAGAUAACCUUUUGUUGAAUCCUACUUUCAUGGAAAGUGACCACAGUGAACCAGAACCAAGUGACCACCAGCUCCUCUCCCACAGCUCAGCUCAGAGCCAAGAUCUCAACGGACGCAAGCAUGGAAACUCAAAAUCAGUGAGUAAUGCAGAGCAGGCAUCAGAAAAGGGACAUCAUGUGAUCAUGAGAGCAAAAGAAAGCACAAGUCCCAGUAACCUUGCAUGUAGCACUACCAUGUCAAAGAUUGUGCCAAAUAUCUGCAAGAGUAUAAAGGUUUUCCAGUGUGACACUUGUGGAAAAGUCUUUAAGUGGAAGUCACGAUUAAAUACACAUCUGAAGGUGCACACAGGAGAGGAAAAGCAUUCUUGUGAAAUGUGUGGAAAAAGUUUCACAACUAGCACAAAUUUGAAGAUGCACAAGAGAACGCACACGGGCGAGAAACCUUUUCCUUGCAAAACUUGUGGGAGAAGUUUUAUUCGGAGAAAUAACCUGCAGACACACGAGAGAACACACACGGGCGAGAGACCUUUCUCUUGCAAAACUUGUGGGAGAGGUUUUAACCUGAGAACUACCCUGCAGGUCCACGAGAGAACACACACGGGCGAGAGACCUUUCUCUUGCAAAACUUGUGGGAGAAGGUUUAGCCAGAGAAAACACCUGAAGGACCACGAGAGAAUACACACAGGGGACACACCUUUCUCUUGCAAAACUUGUGGGAGAAGUUUUAGCCAGAGAACUACCCUGCAGAGACACGAGAGAACACACACGGGCGAGAGACCUUUCUCUUGCAAAACUUGUGGGACAAGUUUUAGCCAGAGAAAUACCCUGAAGAGACACGAGAGAACGCACACGGGCGAGAAGCCUUUUUCUUGCAACACAUGUGGGAGAAGUUUUAUUCAGAGGAUUAACCUGCAGGUCCACGAGAGAACACACACGGGCGAGAGACCUUUCUCUUGCAAAACUUGUGGGAGAAGUUUUAGCAUGAGAAUUACCCUGGAGAGACACGAGAGAACACACACAGGCGAGAAACCUUUUCCUUGCAAGACUUGUGGGAGAAGUUUUAGCCAGAGAAAUACCCUGAAGGACCACGAGAGAACACACACGGGCGAGAGACCUUUCUCUUGUAAAACUUGUGGGAGAAGUUUUAGCAAGAGAAAUAAUCUGAGGGACCACGAGAGAACGCACACGGGCCAGAAACCUUUGUAACUGUCUGCUAAACCUGCCAGUUUAUCCAUACUGUUUUAUUCUGUUAUUUUGGUUGGGCUUAUUUUGUUCUUUAUGUUCAACUAUGUAUUGGGUUAUUUCAGUUAGCAAUUUGUUGUCUUUCUACACGUAGAGACUCUCCUCACAUGAAUACCUGUAGCUUUAAGGAGCGGACCAUUUUAAUAAAUGCACCCGUCCCCUCGCUUCUGGACCAAUGCAAAUAUAACACCUGCCGUACAGCCAUGGCACAAGAAUAGUAGCAGCAAGAAGGACAGGAAGCCAGCAGAGGCAAUUCACAACCUUCAGGGUUCCCACGGUCAUGGAAAACCUGGAAAAGUGUGUUUUCCCAGACUGGAAAAGUCGUGGAAAAAAAUAAUCUCCCAAAAGUUUUGGAAAAGUCAUGGAAAUUUGUUAUAUCCAUAUUUUCAUGUCGUUCAUUUUAGGGAUGGGCAUAAUUAAUAGACGAUCGAUUAAUUGAUCAUUAAGAAAUUCGUAAAUUACAUUUUUUCAUCGAUGAAAACUAUUGCAUGUUCGCUAUGUGACAGGAGGUCAAAAUAUCCGAGUUGCACUGAACGCAGCACAGUGAAGAUGUUAAGGCUCCAUUAUGGUACUCCGAAUCCGUCACGGACGGAUCGGACCAUAGAUAUAUAUAAAGACUAAAUAUCUCGCUCGACGGAGCCGGACGUCACCACAUGGCGGCCAUCUUGUUGCGGGAGGCUCUC